AUGGAGGAGCAUCACUACAGGACACACUUGUUCUUCUCGGCACCGAGGACCAGCACACAGUACAAUGAUGGCUCAGAACGAUGCGGCCCAGUUCUCGGCGGAGGCACCGGACCCGAGGUGGAGCCCCCGCAGCCGCUGGUCACUCGCGAGCCUACGGUGUCACUGAUGCGCUGGGAACGACCGACAACCGAACGCCGGCGCACCGAGCCUGUCUCUCUAGCCACCCUCGAGAAAGACUGCUUCGUGAUACCAGCCCACGCUCUUGACAGGUUCCUGCCUGACGGAGUACCGCUACCAGUGCCACCACCUACGCCAGAAAAGGGUAUAACAACCAAAACAACCCAAAACUCGCUGAGCAUCCUUGAAAUUGCAGACCCCAAACUAUGCAUAUUGGCGCAUUUGAUGAGCCCGUUGGAACCUAUAGAGCCAAUACUAGAAUCGCCGCUUACCAAACCUUUGAUCAAACAAAAGAUGGCCGCUGGGGAGCUGCUGACUGACAUUGCCCAAGCCAAUACAGCUGUGGGUGGUAUGUUAUUAGCGAACAUGGAGAAAAAUUCCGAAUUUCCGUUCAUAUCGUAUUAUGUGAUAAAUACAACGCAAACCGAUCCGUUGCUAUUUUACAACAACUUGAGGUGUGCUUCAUUGACCAAGUUUGAUCCGAAAACUAUCAGAUAUACGGCUGCUCACACUUUGGAUUUGUACAGCGAAGUAGCUAUGAUCUGCCGACCGCCUUUCAGCGAUUUAGCUGGAGGACCGAAGAAAUCGCACACGCCUACUACUGGAUUUAUAAUAAGUGUUUAUAAGGUUUUUGAAGGCGACGACGGUGAACGAUUCGAAAGGAACUGGCUGUACUGGACAGGUGCAAGAAUGAUAUACAGACAUUUACCACACACUGUUGGUAUGCGAAAGAUAGCUCUGCAUAAAUCCGUCGCGUCUCAUGGUGACAAAAUGUACUUAUUGGUGUGCGAGUGUGCCAACUUAUUGGACGACUUGUCCGGCGCAGCCAUGUUGGUGACAGCACUGCGCGCGCGCUUGUGCGGUUACACGGGCUUGUACAAACCGAUACAAACGUUCUAG